AUGAAGAGAUAUAGAGAGGAGGAGGAGGAUGAGUACUCGCUCCUCUGUGGAGAGCUGUCGUGGUGUAGGGGACCGAAGAUCGGCCAAGGAGCUUUUGGGUCUGUAUACAUAGCAGAACUGAAGAAACCCAGAGCUUUUGGGUCGGUUGUGGCUGUGAAAUCGGCAGAUCCGUUAAAUGGGAAUUCGCUUAUGUGGGAAAAGAGGGUUCUUGAUGCUCUCCAAGGCUGUCCUAAUGUUAUUCAGACAUUUGGAGCAGAAACGACAAAAACGAGGAAUGGGACUGUGCUCUACAAUGUCCUCUUGGAAUUUGCUUCGGGAGGAAGCCUUGCCGAUUUAAUACUAAAAUCAGGCUGUCGUGGGUUGUCUGAGAGCGAUGUCAGAAAGCACACAAAGGCUAUUCUUGUGGGGUUGAAACACAUUCAUGCUCGUGGCUUUGUUCACUGUGACUUGAAGCCUGAUAAUGUUCUGUUUGUGCCUACUGCUGAUGGGUUUGAGGUGAAAAUUGCUGAUUUUGGAUUGGCAAAGAGAGUUCACAGUUGCCAGACAGAGACAGAGACUCCAUCUUGGAGAGGGACUUCCUGGUUUUUAGCACCAGAAUGUGUAAUUUACGGGCUACAAGAGGCCUUCUCUGAUAUAUGGGCUCUUGGAUGCACCGUGCUUAUCAUGCUCACCGGACAACUACCGUGGGCUACCGUGUCUGGUUCAAAGGAGUUUGAAGAUCUUAUGUCUCAAAUUCGGUCUGAAUCAGUGCCUGACAUUCCGGACGAGAUAUCAAACGUGGCAAAGGAUUUCUUGAAGUGCUGUUUUGCAAUAAAUCCCAUGCAUAGAUUGACAGCUGAUGCGCUGUUAGAUCACCAAUUUCUGGAGGAUUUAGAUGAGACAGAUUCUUCUUCACAUGUUCAACUAUCAAAAGAAAAAGCUGCAAAUGCUAAGAGGAUUAAAUGCAGUCCGUCGUCUUUUCCUUUUGGGUGUAGCUUCAUACCAUUGUCGGAUUUUUCAUCACAAGAGGCAGAGGUUCCAGAGAUUCGAGCUGAAAAUACAAACGCGGUCACAUCUUUUCCUUUUGGGUGUAGUUUCAUACCCCUACCAGAUUCUUCAUCAGAAGAGGGAGAGGAGGAGGACAUCCGACAACCUGCUGAUUCUUCUGCUGAGCAAAUUAGCUGGAGUGCAGUUUUCCCAAAACCACUCAUCCGCUCAAGGCCUUUAGCUCAUUGGCAACAUCCCUUUACUUUCACAGCUUGUGCGGGGGCUUAG